UAGUAACGUGCGCGAUUACAGGAAGCCAUAUUGGAUCCAAAAUGGAAGAACUACAACAAAACGCUGGGAUAUCUCGUUUUUUGGUCUAGCGUUACAAAAAAAAGUAGCGAUCUGUAAAAUAUGAGUGGCAGCGAAGAGAGAGGGACAGAAGGACGAGAGAUCGAGCCGGCCAUUUGGGCCGUGGCACCGAGACUUCAUCAAGAAGAAGGCCCAGUUGAUGUUUCUGCCAGUCCUGCUUUUCAGUGCCUAGAUGAACUCUUCUCGCAAGGAAAGAUCGCAGGGGAGACGGUUGCAAAACUCAAAGCAAAGUACACAAGUCUUCACGAACGAUUAAAGUCGACGAGAGAACAAGAGUCUAGUCUGCUGCAUAAUGCGAAAGAGCUUCACCAAGAGGUUCAGAGGCAAAGAGCAGAACUAGAGAAGGGGGACAAUUUUCCUGAUGGAGAAAAUAAUGAAGUCAAUAAACUGCGACAAGAACUUUUGAAACAUCACAAUGAGCUUGCUCAAGCUGACGAAAGACAGUACCAGCUUGAAUUUAAGCUGGAGGGUUUGAAAGAAGAGAAAAUGAUGCUUGAGAGGGAAUAUGGGCGUAUGCCAAAGGCUGGAGAGAUAGAAAAACAACUUAAAGAAGUGAAUAAAUCUGUAGAGGACCUAAAAAUUGAAAUUGCACAAAGGACUGUUGAAACAAAAAGCCUUAGAGAAGAGUUAGAAAACAGACAGAAACUGGUUGAUGAGCUUCAUAAGGAAGUUGAGGGUGAUCUGGAAAAACAGCAGACUCUUAGAGAUGAACUAGUUCAGGUUCACUCGCAACCAGCACACAUCUCCAAGCAGAUUGAUCUUAUAUCAAGACAGUACAAGGAUGUUGAGGACAAAAGAAAAGGAUUAGAUGGUGACAUUGAAGAAAUUGUCAAAGAGCUGCAGAGGUUAGAUGGGCGGAGGACCUAUUUAGAGGAUGAGAAGAUGGAGUUGUCAGAAGCUUUGGAUAGGCAAAGACACACCUAUGAAUCCAAGGAGAGAGAAGUAGAUGUUCUCAUAAAGGAGUAUGAGCUUGCCAAAGAAAGACAAGCUGAAUUCAUGGGUGACAGGGGAACACUAGACUUGAACCUCAAACAUGCUGCUAUUGAAAAGAAAACUCAACAUGAUGUGCAUGCUAGAAAAACACGGGAGAAGGAGAGAGACCUCAAAUCUCUAAAGAAAAGUGAGCUACAGUUGAAAGUUGGAGAAGAUGCCCUUGCUCAUGUCAAGUCUAUCUACGACAAGGUCAAAAGUCAAGUGGAAAGUGCUCCGAGAGAUGAUGGCACACUCCUAGAUAAGCGAAAAGAGUUGCAAAGAGAAGUGGAUGUCACUAAGAGAACUCUUGCUCAACAGAAUGCGCUGACUUCAAGAGAGAGGGCUAGAGUUGAACAGAUGAUCCAGGAAGAGGAGAGGCUGCUCAUGGAACAGAGUGAACUACGGGUGGAUGUUAUUGACCUGACAAGGCUUGCACAGAUCAAGGCAGAUGAAAGAGAGCAAAAGGCACGUGACUACAUGAGAGCUGAGUUGAGAUACCAAAGAGCUUUGGAAGAUCUCAAAACCAAAAAUUUGAAUAUACAAGACAGUGCCAAGAAGUAUGCUGAGAUGCAACACAGACUCUCUGACUUUGCCAAACUUUAUGAUGUCAUAAAGAAUGAAAGAAAUAAGUGUGUGAACCUGAUUCAAACCAGUACACAGAAAGCAGCGGAAAUGAGAGAAAAGAUUAAAAUCCUUCAAAAUGAAAUUGAAAUUCUCCGGUCCAAAGUAAAUGCAAAGGACAGACUUUUACAAAAAGCUCGUCUCAAGAGGAGCAAUGCUGUCGUUAUCCGAGAUAGCUUGCGAAAUGAAGCAAGCAAGCAGGGCAAGCAGGAUGAAGAGAGCCGCGAGAAGCGUGAACAGUUGCGUCUUGAUAUUGCCAAACUAAACGAGCUCAUCAACAAAGCCGAGGAGAACAUGGUGCAGCUACGAAAACGUUACGAGACUAGCGUCCAGGAGCGCAAUGAUAUGGGAAUCCAGCUUAUUGAAAGGAAUGAAGAAGUUUGCGUUUUCUACGAAAAACUUAACAUCCAAGAUACGAUGAUUCGUAAUGGUGACGUGGAACUAAAAGCCAGAGAAGAAGAGAUUCGCUUCCUUAAAAUGGAGCUGAAUGAGAUCCGUCGCGGUAUAGGACUUGCAAAUAAGAACAUGCCGAACAAGAGGGCCUUGGACAACGAGCUUGUCACUCUACAGAUACAGCUCGCAGCAGCGAGAGAUCGGUUAGCAGACCUAGAGAAGGAACUAGAAGACCCAUCUAACGAGGAGCGGGUACGGCUGCUGAGCGGGGCUGACCCCGAGCCGGACAUCCUGGCCAAGAAGAUAGAGGAGCUUGAGUUGAGGCUAGCCGAGAAGGAGGAGAAACUCCUUGAGAAGGACCUCAUCUUUGAGGAGGUCACAAGAUUGGCGGAUAGAACCAAGAACAAGGCGGAGACAGGCAAGGAGGACACGCUGGAACUAGCCAAAAAGGUGAACGAAUACCAGGCCAAGAUCAAAGACACAACGCGGAAGAUGAUGGCCAUGGUGUCGGAGUUAUCCAUGAAUCAAGCAAACGCGCUCAAGCUACAGCAGGUAGUGAAAGGCAAAGAGCAGGAGGUUGAGCAGGCGUACAUCCGCAUGGAGCGCGGAGAGGCGCCGAGCGAGGAGGCGGAGAGGGAGUGGCAGAGGAUGAUCAGGGACGAAGAGAGAAGGGAAGUGGACAAUAUACAAGCCAUGCAGCGUGAAGAGGAGGAAGAGCAUUACCGAUUACCAGGAGGUAUUUACACGACUGCCGAGCCUCGACCCAAUGCAUAUAUCCCGGAUGAUGACACCGAGCUACCUAUUCCCAGACCCUAUGGCUCACUCGCGCCGUUCAAGCCGACGGAGCCUGGCUCUACUAUGCGUCAUAUUCGAAAGCCGAUAAUAAAACCUAUUGAGAUAUAACAUCGUGAUAUGGGGAGCGAAAUGUCUGGUUAGGCUUUAUUGUUUUGUUAUUUUAAAAAUCUGUAAAUAUUUGUAAGAAGGCAUAAGAUAUAAGAAGUUAUAGUUGUAGAUGUUAUAGAAAGGUCAAAAUACCACAAACGUGAGCUAAUAAACGUUGCACGUUACAAUACAA